AUGGCUUCAGCUACUGAAACUAAUACGGCUGCUCCCAAUAUGACAUCAAGAAUGUCUGAUUAUUUCACCGGUUUAAAACAAAAAAUGCCCACCUCCGUGUCAUCUAAAGUUGAUUACGGUGUUGAAAGAGCGAGAAGUAUUGCAACCGGAGUUUCUACGGACCUUCAAAAAACUGCGGAGAAGAAUAAUGUGAAUUCCUUUUUGCCUUCGGAUGUUGCUACUGAAGUUCAAAAGGCUGCUAAAAUUUUAAAUAGUUUUACGGAACCUGAAAAAGAAGAAGGUGGUUUGGAAAGUGUAAUUCCAAAGGAUGUUUUUAAACACGCCAAAGGUCUGGCAGUCUUUACUGCUAUCAAGGCAGGUUUCUUUUGGUCCGGUCGUGUCGGUUCCGGUUUAGUUGUCGCAAAACGUCCCGAUGAAAGUUGGUCUUGUCCAUCAUUGAUAAACAUCGGUGGUUUGGGAUUUGGUGCACAACUUGGCGCAGAUGUUACCGACUUUUUAAUCGUUCUUAACACCGACGAUGCUGUAAAAGCUUUCACUCGUGGGGAAAAUCUCACCUUGGGUGGAAACUUGUCGGUUUCAGCAGGUCCCGUUGGAUUUGGUCAAGAAUAUUCCGGUUCAUUAUAUGAUCGUGCUGCUCUCUACUCCUAUAGUAAAUCAAAGGGUCUCUUUGCUGGCGUAUCUGUUCAAGGAACCAUAAUUAUGGAACGAAAGGAUGCCAACCGCACCUUCUACGGCAUAGAUUUGUCCGCUGAAGAUAUCUUAUGCGAUAGAAUUGAAAUCGAGAAAGAACAAGAAGAAUCUCUUAAAGUCUUAUAUGAUGCCAUUAAGAAAGCUGAGGAAAGGGAGCAUUAA